AUGCCACGUGGAUCACAACGCAGAUCCUCCGAUCGAGAUAAGGAGAAAGACCUCCCUCUAUGGGCCUCAAUGCUGCUCGUGGAUAAGGUUGACGAGAUUGAUGCUCGCCAAAAUGAAGUCAUGUCCCGCUUGGCUUCCCUAGAAUUAACUAAUGCGGCUACAAUUGAUUCCAAAAUGUUGUACUCUACUAUUGUGAAGGCGAGAGCAGAUGGCGAAAAAAUAGAGGGGAAGCUCAGGCGCAUCACGUGGGUUGGGAUAGGGGAACAGGCCGACGAGGAACUGAGGGAUAGAUUCGUGGCAUUACGUAAAGAAGCAGGACGAAGAAAUGCGAAUUUGGGGAAAUUGCAGUACGUAGUGCGUAACCUCAGAAUACAUGAACUAAACACUCCAAGAGAGCUUCCUCGGCGUUUUCUUUCUUCCUCACAGGGAACAAGGGACUAA